AUGAGAAUCAGGAACGGUAUCUCGCUCGCUACGAACACCAGUCGUACUAACGGACGCAGCGGCGAAGGCGGCACGCUGUGCAGUCGUUGCGCCUCCCGCCUGGCCGUUGUGGUCAAAGUGGGACUACAUACCUCCAUUACAUGCGCCUCCCCCUCCAAAUCCCGACUAGUCAGCAAUCGACAAUUGCUUCGACCCGGCCCACUCCGACCAGCCGCACUGCCACCAGCAUUACUCAGGCCAACACCACUGGUCCCAUUUGCAGCGGUACUGGGACCUGCAGUAGCCCUGGGACCUGCAGUACUCGGUCGUCGGGACUUGCUUUCCGGAUACCCAGCAAUCUUUAUGGCCACAUGCUGCGAGCUGGCAGUCUCCACGGACGAGUGGUUCUCCAAGGGUGGCGGCGUGACGACCGGCUUCAAUCCCGAUCCCGCAAAAGGCCGGAUUCCGGUCGCAGGAGCGGCGAUUCUGCUGAACCGACUGACUCGGGGGAACACCUCGGGAGGCGCUGCGCCGCCGGUCGCCGCACGCUCCUGGUAUACUCCGUCCGUCGUUUGCGACCGACGCACAAUCGCCGCUGGCAGACGCACCUCGCGACGCGUAACCACAGUUCUAGGUCGUCGCUCCCGCUCCGCCUCCGUCCCCUCCACCUCCGGCUCGGGUCCCGUCCGCUCCGAUCCCAUCCCCUCCGGCCCAAUCAGGGGCAUUAGUUCGUGCGGUGUCGGCGGCGUCAAAACCCGUUCCCCGUUCGGAGCCAGUUUCGUUCCUGGUUCGGUGUAUGACUCGCUCAGAUGUGGGCAGUACACAGGUGUGCUGGAGGGGCCCCAACGACUGCCCUCUCCGCGGUCGGAGCUGAGGACGCCCCCCGUGACGUGUGCCCCAAUGGCGUGUUUGGUUUUGUGUGUCGAAUCCGCACAGUGUGUCGAAUCCGCACAGUCUGUCCAGUGGCGCUGCAUCACUUCCGACCUGCUCCGCGAGAGCAGCUCUCUCCUGUUCCGCCGUGUUGGUCUUGCACUCUCGGUCUCCACGGCCGCGGGUUUCGGCAAGUUGGGUCUCGAGGGAUUGAGUCCAAAGGAGUUGAAGGAGUUGGAAGUCAGGUUAGCCUUUUCCCGGUCCCCCUUUGAAGCCAUGAAGGCUGCAAAGGUGGGUGGCAGAUAG